UGGCGGUAUGCACCUAAAAGCAACGAUUGAAAUCUGCCAUUAAACAAAGUAGCAGAAGAAGAUCUGUCCGUGGGCUUUACCUGUGUUGCAUCGCCACCCCUGCCUGGGUGCCAUGGUCCUCUGUUACACAUGAGCUCUACUAUGUGGUACAUCAUGCAGAGCAUUCAGAGUAAAUACUCCUUGUCCGAGCGGCUCAUCCGCACCAUCGCAGCCAUCCGCUCCUUUCCACACGACAACGUGGAGGAUCUGAUUCGUAAGGGCGCUGAUGUGAACCGGAUGCACGGGACCCUCAAACCACUGCACUGUGCCUGUAUGGUAGCUGAUGCUGACUGUGUGGAGCUGCUAUUGGAGAAGGGCGCUGAGGUGAAUGCUUUGGACGGCUACAACCGCACAGCGCUGCACUACGCCGCAGAGAAGGACGAGAGCUGCGUGGAGCUGCUGCUGGAGUACGGGGCCCAGCCCAACGCGCUGGACGGCAACAAGGACACUCCGCUCCACUGGGCCGCCUUCAAAGACAACCCGGAGUGCGUGAGGGCCCUGCUGGAGAGCGGGGCCUGCCCCAACGCCCGGGACUACAACAAUGACACACCUUUGAGCUGGGCGGCAAUGAAGGGCAACCUGGAGAGCGUCAAGGUUCUAUUAGACUACGGAGCCCAGGUCCACGUGACCAACCUGAAGGGUCAGACCCCCAUAUCCCGGCUGGUGGCCCUGCUGGCCCGAGGCCUGGGCACCGAGCAGGAGGAAGAGUGCUUGGAGCUGCUUUGCCGAGCGGCGGGGCGCUUUGAGAUCCGGCGGGCCGACGGCACCCUUCCCAAGGAGCUGAGCAAAGACCCCCAGCUGCUGGCGAGGCUGACUAACAUGGUGGCUCAGGCCCCGACGCUGCGCUCCCUGGCCCGCUGUGCCAUACGCCAGAGUCUUGGAGUGCAGUUCCUCCCCACCGCUGUGAAAGAGCUUCCUCUACCUGAAACGGUUAAAGACUAUCUACUGCUGAGAGACUAACCACGGCGACAUCCAAGGAUCCUCAGGCCUCACCGGCUCACUGACAGCUCGUCCCGCUGCUUUUAUUGGCAAGUUGAUACAGAUGUCUGUCUUUUUUUUUUCUUUUUUCUUGUCUUGUAUUGACACAACAUCUGGAUGAAGAGUGAAUUAAGUGCAGACUGGUUUGUUUAAUCAGUUAUGUGAAGAAACAAGGCAGGACGCGCAGGUUUUCAACUAAACAGCUGUUGGGUUUUUAUUCCAGUGAAGUCUGAUGAGCAAAAAAACCAAGAAGGAAAAAAAAAAAACCCAAAAACUAAGACAUCCGAUUUGCUCGACAUCAUCACAGGGGGCAAACCAAGAUUAAACAAGUUGUUUGAUCAUUUAGCUACUUCAGAUAUAAAAGACAACAACAAACUAUUCAAUAGAGUAUUUUAGUAUGCUUAUUAUUACUCAUUUUCGCUUGUUUAGGUUUGUGAGAUAAAUUGUUUUACUCUGAUAGGAGGUGGCUUGUGUAGAAAUUAUUUAAAACAAGUACAGGCGUCUGCUUUCAAAGUGUGGGAAUAAAAAAAAAAGAAAAAAAGUAGAUGGCUGACGUCCUGAUUAUGGAGGUGGUCCGUUAACUUAUGUCAGAUGGUACCUGUGCAGUACCUGUACAGUACAUGGGAAGAGUGUUCAUAACCUUUGAACUUUGCCACAAUUUGCCGCAUUAUAACCACAAACUUCAAUCUGUUUUCUGGGAUUGUUUCAUUUUUGCUAAACCCACAAAAGGAAUAUGCGUAUGUGUGGAGAGAACGUGAUUGGUGCUUAGACGGAGCGCUUCUGUGGACAGUUAUUUUCAAUUGGAUUUCAGUCUGUACUUUGACUAGGCCGUUCUAAUGUAUGAGUAUUCUCUGCCAUAUGAUAAGGGUUGUUGUCCUGCUGGAUGGUAAACCAACCCAACACACACGUUAAUCAAAUCUAACAAAAAUGGAAAAUGUUUGCGCUAGCUUAGUGCUGGUUUGUGCAGCAAAGUUUUUGUUUGUGCCGCUAUUAUUUCAUGGAUGUUGAUAAAGGUUUGAGGGGGAAAAAAGUACUUCAGUUAUUCUAUUGGGUGAUCUGCAUCCCUGCUGAAGAAGGGCAUCCCCACAGCAUGAUGUUGCCUCCGCCAUGUUGCCAUCCACACAUGGCUGUUUUAUUAAGUAAUUCCUGAAGGCAGUUGGUUGCACUGGCUUUUAUUUAGGGGUAAUAAGUAAAAGCGCUGGAUUCACACGCACUCCACAAUUUUUGGAUUUUUACUGAGGACAUACUUUUAAUAAAUAUAAUUUACCAUCCACUUCACAGCAAUCCUCUACAAUUUGUUGGCCUGUCACAUAAAAAUACACUGAAAUUUGUGGUUGUAAUGUGUGGGAAAGAACUUUUUGCAAGGUCGUGUGCUUCAAAUAAUUUGUAUGAUAGUUUUUUUGGGUGUGAUCUGUGCGUAAUAUUCACUAAGAGGAUAACAUUUAACACACACCUAUUUUAAGCAGGAAAUAUUGUGCCAGAUGGGAACAAUUGUAUUUAUGUAAAAGCAGCAGAGUGGUGCUGAUUAUUAUUAUUGGUUUCACUUAAAUGUGCCAGGUAGUCUUCUGAACAUGUUCAACGCUAACAAAAGUGGGCUCACCUCACCUGCUGUUGUAUGUGAGUCACUGUUUAUUUGGGUUUUGUUUGGGUGUGUUUUUUUUUUUUCUUUUUUUUUUUUUUUACAAUGGAGGGUUAAACUUGCAGAACAUUCUGUUUUCAACGGUGCUCACUGGUUUCAAAACUAAAGUCACUUUGUUUUAAAUUCAUUGUUUAAAUGUAAAAACCAGGAAAUGGCAUGAUUCGUAACUUUUUGUCUUUUUUGUAAAAGCCACUCAAUGAGCUGGCAAAAAAAUGUGUAUUGGAGGUCUAAAAUAAUUUCUUAUCCUGAAUUUGCCUGUUCAGUAAAUGUAUAUAAAUUAACCCUGAGAUUAUGUCUUGUAUAUGCCUGCAGAGGUGCUUCUUUUAUUUGUCAAUAUAAUGCAAGUAAAUGCCUUUAUUUGACCGUC